CCGUCACCUUCUAUGUUCGCACGAAAGGUUAAAGAGGAGGAGGAGGCCUCCGACGCCAAACGCCGCAAGACGGAUGAUUCGGAGAACCGGCCGACGUGCUCGAACGAUGGACCCGUGGCUGAGCUGACUACGCCCCGAUUCCAUCGCUGGAAAGCGGGCAUGUACACGCUACUGGCCGACGCAGAUUCCACGGUACUCGCACCGACGACCACCGCGAAAGCGGCGACGUCAGGAAAUUGGCGUCUUGAUACGUUCUACCACAUUUCCGGCUAUGGAAAGUGUCCACCGAAGAAGGGCCGGCCUGCUGGCUCCGCCGAUUCUACAACGGCUAACCAGUGGCCAGGCCAAAUAAUCUACAUAUCGCGGUCUGACAACGAGGAGAUUUUGCGAAUUGCACCGGAGGACAACGCCUUAGCCCUGGUCUAUUGCGACUCAGAUGCACAAAAGUUCACACGGUAUUUGAAUAAUCGGACAAAGCCAAUUUCUACGGAGGAAGGCGUUGAACAAGAGUUUGCCUACGAACUGUCUCUGAGCUAUUUUGAUCCGUCACCCAAUGAUGAGGACGAAGCAGAUGAAGAUGACGACUCGCAAUUACAGGAAAAUGAGUCCGAAUCGUACGAUGACUAUGACGAGGAGGAAUUGGAAGAGGUGGAGGAUGGUACCGGUGACGAGGAGGAGGAGCAAGGGACCAGCAACGGAAACCCGCCGACAACAUCUAGAUGA